CAUUUUUAGAGCAUAUAGAAAGAACCAACCCACCCAUCUCUCUCCCCAACUUCCUCAUUUUGCCGCAAUUCAAGCUUCUGCCAUGGCCAUGGCUGGUAUACUACAUACCUUCACUAUUCCUCGCGCCUCAUGCAUUCUCACCGCUAGUUUCUCUCCAAUCGGAACUUAUCCGAUUUCCGUCCGUACCAGAUCGAUCAAGUUACCGGACGUCAAUGGAUUGAAAUUGAAAAUCCACUCCAAUUCUCAAUCGAGUAUAAGAACAAGAAGAACCGUUGGACGAGCUACUGGAUCAAUCGUCUGCGAAUCUCCUCAAGAAACAACAGCAGCUGUGAUAGUGCCUGCAAUAUCGGAUGGAGAUUGGGAAUCGGUUGUUCUUGGAUCUGAUACGGCUGUUCUAGUUGAAUUCUGGGCACCAUGGUGUGGUCCAUGUCGGAUAAUUCAUCCUGUGAUUGAUGAAUUAGCGAAACAGUAUAAAGGAAAACUGAAGUGUUUGAAGGUGAACACAGAUGAGAGUCCUUCAAUUGCAACUCGAUAUGGAAUCAGAAGCAUUCCAACAGUGAUUUUGUUUAAGAAUGGAGAAAAGAAGGAUGCAAUCAUUGGGGCUGUUCCAAAAUCUACUUUGACAAACAGCAUAGAGAAGUUAUUGUGAUUGUGAGAUUCUUUCUAGCCAAGUAAGUAAGUAAGUAGUAGUAGUAAAUUAAACUAUUAAUCUCAGACCUUCAGAAGAAGAACUAGUAAUCAUCUCAUCUCAUCUCUUCUGGUUUGGUUAUUUUCACCCCAUUUUAUUACUAUGAUUAUGAAUGAUGCUUCAAGAAGAAAUCAUCUGUAUUAGGCAUGGUUGGUAAGAUGAAUAAUACAUCUGUUUGGUUCUAAUUCUGUAUAGUUUUUGGAUUA